AUGAAGCUCGACCCACGACACAUCCAUGAUCUAUCUCUCAAAUCAAAAAAAUUCGGGCCCAUCUCAGUCCUAGCACCAUUCUCAGCCCUCAUCAUCUCGAUCAUCCUCAUCAUCUUCUUCUUGGUCCGUUAUUAUGUGUUGGAAGGAUUCCUCAUCGGUCGCCUUUACGGCACAACCUUCACAAGGAUGACGGAGCUGAACCGCCGCGGAUUCAUCAACCACCACAUCGCCGGCUUCACGAAAAUCCUCAUCUUGAUCGUCGCGGCAUACCCAUUCAUCAGUGUCACGUUUUGCAAAGGACUAUUCCAGACCCCGUUCUCGCCCGGAUCGCCAGUCACAUUGGGGGACAUACUGGUCGUUUCUGCGCAGAUGCUGAUGGCAAUGUACAUCUUUGAAUUGAUAUAUCGCAUCAAGCUCUCGCCCAUUGCCGUCUUGCACCACAUUGGCACGAUCCUGAUUGGCCAGACGGCUAUUGCGAUCAGUUUGAAACCCGCUCGCGAGCAAGAUACUUAUAUUGAGUUUAUUCUCUGCACUGCUUGGGGCGCGUUUGACAUUGUUUCCGAAUUUUUUCCGCACGUCGCAAUCAUCUUGUAUCGCAUUUUUCCUGAGCGUCAUCGCUUCCUCAGUCGGGUAUUUCUUCUCUGUUGCUUCACGACUGCGACGGGAACUCUGUGUGAAACAAUUUUGACAAUGUGGCUGUUCGGUAGCCUGUGGAGUAAAUGGCGUCUGGCGUUUAAAGUGGUGACUCCCCUUUUACACAUUGCAUUUUCGGCCGCGCAGAUCCACGGAAGUGUUGUUUUUUGGCGGAUGCAUCGUCUGCAGGAGCGGUAUCUAGAUGAAGACAUUGAGAGCAGUCCCGCCAAGGUUGAACAUCCUCUGCAUGGAGAAGGGAAGAAAUCUGACGAUGAUAAAAUGGCACCCAGUUCAGGGACUGCCCAGGUACACCAUAUAUUGCUCUCGAAAGACCAGAGUAUCUCUAGGGUGCAUAGCUUCAAAGGCUGUCAAACCUAG